AUGACACAGGAGGUGAUAUCGACGGGAGACAAUAAAUCCGGUUCUGCAACGGCUGCAAUUAAACUAGUGUCGCGACGGGUUCGCGACCGUGCGAAAGUGAAGCCGAGGGGGCGGGAGGGGGGAGCUCGGGGGGGCAGGCUCGGACUCAGCCGUGGAGGUGUCAGGCGGCAGUCCGCGCGCAGCCGUCGGCGCAGACGCACGCGCCGUGCCGCGACAGUGCCAUGCGUUAGCGCCGCGGCCCCAUGGUGUACCCCGAAGCAUCCCGCUGGGGAGCGCCCGACACGCUAG